GCUCUGUCUCAAAUAUGAAAUAAAUACUUGUGAUCUGAAUCCAGAGUAGAGAAACAGGAAGAACCAAAGCUGUUGGCGCGCUCUAUAAAGACCCUGAGGGGAAUUGUAUAGGGGCGCGUGCACAGUGAAACGUGGGGGUGGGUGGGUUGUUCUGUGGUAGCUCACGCCGCUUAGGUACGCGUGUGCUUCGGAGCUAAGUUAGCGGCUGAGAAGGGUGGGCACACAUUCGCACGAGAGGAAAUCUUGGGUUCCGUAUCCGUGUUUUGUGUGUGUGUGUGUGUGUGUGUAUGGUGUGUGUAUAGGCGCGCACGCAAGCUGGGUGGGAAGAAUCUCUCUGGAUCGGAAACACCUCCUCCCGCCACCCGAAAUUGCGGUGUAGGAAACGAGGGUGUGAGUGUAGCUGUAGCUCAAGUCCGGUCCGCGGUGGCUUUUUUACCCCCCUCCCUUCCAUCUCCCCCCUUUUAGGGCUUUAUAUUUAUAACUAUUUAUAACUAUACUGAAACGACUAUAAAAUAAUGGCAAAAUCAGGAGGUGGAGGCGGCGGCGGCGGCAAUGGCAGUGGAGGAGCCGCUGGCGGCGGCGGCAGCGGGGGUCUAACCUGGGUGACACUGUUUGAUAAUCAAAACAAUGCUUCAAAAAAAGAAGAACCUGAACACACCAAUAAAAAUGAUUCAAAAAAGCUGUCUGUUGAGAGAGUUUAUCAAAAAAAGACUCAACUUGAGCAUAUUCUUCUCCGUCCUGAUACAUACAUUGGUUCGGUAGAACCUUUAACUCAGUUGAUGUGGGUGUUUGAUGAAGAUACGGGAAUGAAUUGUAGAGAUGUCACUUUUGUUCCUGGUUUAUAUAAAAUAUUUGAUGAAAUUCUUGUAAAUGCCGCUGACAAUAAGCAAAGAGAUAAGAAUAUGACAUGUAUCAAAAUAUCAAUUGAUCCCGAGUCAAAUAUUAUAAGUAUUUGGAAUAAUGGAAAAGGUAUUCCUGUUGUGGAACAUAAAGUAGAAAAGAUGUAUGUUCCUGCCUUAAUUUUUGGACAGCUAUUAACGUCCAGUAAUUAUGAUGAUGAUGAAAAAAAAGUUACAGGUGGUCGCAAUGGCUAUGGUGCAAAACUUUGUAAUAUAUUCAGUACCAAGUUUACAGUUGAGACUGCUUGCAAAGAAUACAAACAUAGUUUUAAGCAGACCUGGAUGAAUAAUAUGAUGAAGACUUCAGAUCCUAAGAUUAAACAUUUUGAAGGAGAUGACUACACAUGUGUGACAUUCCAACCAGAUCUUUCAAAGUUUAAGAUGGAAAAGCUUGACAAAGAUAUAGUAGCUCUUAUGACAAGAAGAGCUUAUGAUUUGGCAGGAGCAUGCAAAGGAGUCAAAGUAAUGCUUAAUGGAAAGAAACUACCUGUGAAUGGCUUUCGUAGUUACAUUGACCUUUAUGUAAAGGACAAGUUAGAUGAAACUGGACUUGCUCUAAAAGUUACUCAUGAACUUGCUAAUGAACGCUGGGAUGUCUGUCUUACUUUAAGUGAAAAGGGAUUUCAGCAAAUUAGUUUUGUGAACAGUAUUGCUACCACAAAGGGAGGUAGGCAUGUCGAUUAUGUGGUAGAUCAAAUUGUUGGAAAAUUGAUAGAGGUAGUAAAAAAAAAAAACAAAGCUGGUGUUUCAGUAAAACCAUUCCAGGUAAAGAACCAUAUAUGGGUUUUUAUUAAUUGUCUUAUUGAAAAUCCUUCUUUCGAUUCUCAAACGAAAGAGAAUAUGACACUCCAACCGAAAAGUUUUGGGUCCAAAUGUCAAUUAUCAGAAAAGUUUUUUAAAGCAGCUUCUAACUGUGGCAUUGUAGAAAGUAUACUGAAUUGGGUGAAAUUCAAGGCACAGAUACAGCUGAACAAAAAAUGUUCAUCAGUGAAACAUAGUAAAAUUAAAGGCAUUCCAAAACUUGAUGAUGCUAAUGAUGCUGGUGGCAAACAUUCCUUGGACUGUACGUUAAUUUUAACUGAGGGAGAUUCUGCCAAAUCUUUGGCUUGUCUGGAUCAAGAUGGAUCACACAUUAAGGGUUUGCUAAUCAAUUUUAUUCAUCACAAUUGGCCUUCACUUUUGAAACAUGGUUUCCUUGAAGAAUUUAUUACUCCAAUUGUAAAGGCAAGUAAAAAUAAGCAGGAACUUUCCUUCUAUAGUAUUCCUGAAUUUGAUGAAUGGAAAAAACAUAUGGAAAAUCAUAAAGCAUGGAAAAUAAAAUACUACAAAGGUUUAGGCACCAGCACUGCUAAAGAAGCAAAAGAAUAUUUUGCAGAUAUGGAAAGACAUCGGAUUUUAUUUCGAUAUGCUGGUCCUGAAGAUGAUGCAGCCAUUACAUUGGCCUUCAGUAAGAAAAAAAUAGAUGACAGAAAAGAAUGGUUGACAAAUUUCAUGGAAGAUAGAAGACAACGUCGGCUGCAUGGAUUACCAGAGCAAUUUCUGUAUGGGACUGCAACAAAGCAUCUCACUUAUAAUGACUUUAUCAACAAGGAGCUGAUUCUCUUUUCCAACUCAGAUAACGAGCGAUCCAUCCCAUCUCUUGUUGAUGGCUUUAAACCAGGGCAGCGUAAAGUUUUGUAUACUUGCUGUAAGAGAAAUGAUAAACGUGAAGUUAAAGUUGCUCAGUUGGCUGGUUCUGUGGCAGAAAUGUCUGCUUAUCACCAUGGAGAGCAAGCUUUAAUGAUGACAAUUGUCAAUUUGGCUCAGAAUUUUGUUGGAAGUAAUAAUGUCAGCUUGCUACAGCCUAUUGGUCAGUUUGGUACUAGACUUCAUGGUGGCAAGGAUGCUGCAAGUCCUCGUUACAUUUUCACCAUGUUGAGCCCUUUAGCAAGAUUACUUUUUCCUGCAGUAGAUGAUAAUCUUCUUAAGUUCCUGUAUGAUGAUAAUCAGCGUGUGGAACCUGAAUGGUACAUUCCCAUAAUUCCUAUGGUCCUAAUAAAUGGUGCUGAGGGCAUCGGUACAGGAUGGGCAUGUAAGAUUCCAAACUAUGAUACCAGAGAGAUUGUGAACAAUGUCAGACGAAUGUUGGAUGGAUUGGAUCCUCAUCCUAUGCUUCCAAAUUACAAAAACUUUAAAGGAGCAAUCCAAGAACUUGGUCAAAAUCAAUAUGUAGUGAGUGGAGAAAUAUUUGUGGUUGAUAGGAACACAGUAGAAAUUACAGAACUUCCAGUUCGAACAUGGACUCAGGUUUACAAAGAACAAGUAUUGGAACCAAUGUUGAAUGGGACUGAAAAAACACCAGCAUUAAUUUCUGAUUACAAAGAAUAUCACACUGAUACAACUGUGAAAUUUGUUGUAAAAAUGACAGAAGAAAAACUUGCUCAAGCAGAGGCUGCUGGACUCCACAAAGUUUUUAAGCUUCAAACAAGUUUAACUUGUAAUUCUAUGGUACUAUUCGAUCAUAUGGGCUGUCUGAAGAAAUAUGAAACUGUGCAAGAUAUCUUAAAAGAAUUCUUUGACUUACGUUUAAAUUAUUAUGGUUUGCGUAAGGAGUGGCUUGCAGGAAUGUUAGGGGCAGAAUCUACAAAGCUUAACAAUCAAGCUCGCUUUAUUUUAGAGAAAAUACAAGGGAAAAUUGCCAUAGGUAAGAACAAUACAGAAUUAAAGGAUAUUAGAGAUUUAAUUCAGAUGUUAGUCCAGAGAGGUUAUGAAUCUGACCCUGUCAAAGCCUGGAAGGAAGCUCAAGAAAAAGCUGCAGAAGAGGAAGAAAUGCAAAAUCUGAAUGAUGAUAAUUCAUCUUCUUCAGGAUCUACUUCAGGUCCAGAUUUCAAUUACAUCUUAAAUAUGUCUUUAUGGUGUCUUACUAAAGAGAAAGUUGAGGAAAUCAUUAAGCAGCGAGAUUCAAAAGGAAAGGAACUCAAUGAACUCAAGAAAAAAUCUUCUUCUGACCUUUGGAAAGAAGAUUUGGCAGCUUUUGUAGAAGAACUUGAAAAAGUAGAAGCUCAGGAAAGAGAGGAUGUACUGGCAGGAAUGACUGGCAAACCCAUAAAAGGCAAAGUUGGUAAACCCAAGAUGAAAAAACUUCACUUAGAAGAGACCAUGCCUUCACCUUUUGGUAGGAGAAUAGUUCCACAGAUUACAUCAGCUAUGAAAGCUGAUACCAGUAAGAAAUUUCUAAAAAAAAA